AUGGUCAGCGAUAAUUUCUACCCCCAGCCUGCUCUCCAGCGUAAGUCUACAAGCGCUGCCAUUCUUCACUGCUCUGACAAGCUUCAGAAACUCAUCGAUCGCGGCCACAAGGUGAUUGUCAUCACUCAUGCCUACGCUGGCCGGACUGGUGUACGGUACCUUACAAAUGGCCUGAAGGUCUACUAUGUCCCCUUCCUGGUCAUCUACCGAGAGACCACGUUUCCGACCGUCUUCUCGUUCUUCCCCAUUUUUCGCAACAUUAUGAUCCGCGAGCGCAUCGAAAUAGUACACGGGCAUGCUAGUCUCAGCAGCUUGUGCAAUGAGGCUAUACUGCAUGCACGCACCAUGGGGCUGAGGACAGUCUUCACAGAUCAUAGUCUGUUUGGCUUUGCAGACGCAGGAAGCAUCCUCACCAACAGGCUUCUCAAGUUCACCCUCAGUGAUGUCGACCAUGUCAUCUGUUUGCCGAGAACUUCCGUCCUCUUUCGCUCGAAGCUGGUGAAGCACAACAACCUAGAGCACCUGGUCCGCCACAGCCCAAUGGAUCCCGACGAGAUCAUCACAGUCAUUGUCAUUCAGCGGCUUUACUACAACAAAGGCACUGACUUGCUCGUUGCAGCUAUACCUCACAUUCUUGCUGCGCACCCAAACGUACGCUUCAUAAUCGCCAGAAAUGGCCCCAAGGCUAUCGAUCUGGAACAGAUGAUUGAGCGAAAUGUGCUUCAAGAUAAAGUCCUCAUGAUCGGCCCUGUGCGUCACGAAGAAGUUCGAGACGUCAUGGUGCGAGGGCACAUCUAUCUAUGCCCAUCGCUUACCGAGGCCUUCGGCACCGUCAUAGUAGAAGCAGCUUCUUGCGGACUUUACGUCGUGGCCACACGGGUCGGUGGCAUCCCGGAAGUCCUUCCCACGCACAUGACUGAAUUUGCGGCGCCCGAAGAAGACGAGAUUGUCGAGGCUACCGGACGUGCAAUACAAAAGCUGCGCGCCGGAGCAGUGAGGACUGACCUAUUCCACAACCAGGUCAAGCAGAUGUAUUCCUGGACCGACGUUGCGCACAGGACGGAAAGAGUCUACGAUGGCAUUAGUGGUGCCAUCAGCCACGUCGAGUUCUACCAAGCCGAUAGUGCUCCUGGCGCAUGGGGUACAGCUCGAGGUCGUGCGGGUGUCCGCAGCUUCGCGUUCGUUGAGAGACUGAAGCGAUACUACGGAUGCGGUGUCUGGGCCGGCAAGCUCUUCUGUCUCUGUGUUGUCAUUGACUAUCUCCUCUAUGUGGUACUUGAGAUCUUCGCACCGCGAUCGAGGAUCGACAUCUGCAAGGACUGGCCGAAGAAAACCCCUAAACUCCACGACAGCGUCGAGGUAGAAGAGAAGAAACGCAAGAUGAUUGAAGAUUCACUAGUUGAGUGGACGAAAAUAUGCAGAAAAAGCUUUUGA